GUUGGUCGGUCGUAGCGUGAAACAAACAGUGCCUUUUGUUAUUUAUUGAAACGCCCGGGAUCGAUCCAAGCUUAGUCAGUGGCUGAUCGACGGUAGAUUCGGUUGUAUAUCCUAGCUCUCGUCUCAAGAGAAGAUCCUUCCCACCGCCCGGUAAUACUAUCUAAGCGUCCCUCUCUACACAUAGGCUGUACGGUGGACGGUAGCCGUAAAUUUGCCGGUUUUUUUUUGAGCAACGGAGUCAAGACGUAACCGACUCAGGUGUGAUCAUUAAGGUGAAUAUUAUUUCAUUUAGGCCGAAUUGCCAGAAAUUGAAAGUGAUAAAAUACGCGCGAGGAAGAAGAGUGCAAUUCUGUGAGAACAAUUCGUGAUCAAGUUUAUUAUAUAGCGUAUCGAUCGCUUUGGCGUAUUAUCAAUUUGUUGGAGUGUAGUGUUUGACUAAAAGUGCAAAAGAGAGAUAGUAACAACCUGUUGGAAUUGGAGAUCAAAGUGAUAGAGCCACCCACUUGCAACCGGAACCCAUUAUAAGCUAAUAAAACCAAGGUAACAAAAUGCAGCCGCCCCUCGUGGAAAAGCUGAGAUUUCUCUACAAACCGUAUGUCUUGGCGGUGCUCACAAUCGGCUACAUCGCUGGCGAGCUGGGCCACUACCUGAUCGGAGUCACAUCGAAAGCAACUGCCAUAGAGCUGGACUACGGGGACCAUGCGUGCCAGCAAAACCAUACCGAAGUUCAUCGUCAUCUGCUGCCGCAGCAGUGUGCCGAUAUCGACAUCGAGCAUGACUGCCACCGACAACACCUCAAUGGGACAGUUUACUGUGAAUGGAACUACAACGGUCUGGGGUUGGAAUACCAGCUGCUGGCCGGACCCAGUUUCAUUGCCGUGUUCACUGUGAUGGGAGUGGUGCUGGGAUUCGCCGCCGACAGAUUCAACCGUGUCCGAAUGCUGACGGUGUGCACGCUGGUAUUUGCGCUAGCUAUUAUUUUCCAGGGCACUGUAAAGGACUACUGGCAGUUGAUUCUGCUGCGUAUGGUUAUGGCUGCUGGCGAGGCCGGAUGCAACCCACUCGCUACCGGUAUUAUGUCGGAUAUUUUCCCAGAAAGCAAACGUGCCCUUGUGAUGGCUAUUUUCAAUUGGGGAAUCUACGGAGGCUACGGUAUUGCUUUUCCCGUCGGACGUUACAUCACCAAGUUGAAUAUUUGGGAUCAGGGAUGGCGCGUGUGUUACUAUGGGACUGGAGUACUGGCGAUAUUCAUUGCAAUCCUGACUGGCACUACCCUGAAGGAACCCGAACGGCAAAGCAUUGGCGAGGAAACGACCGGUAAAACUAAGGUAUCGCUUAUGCAAGCACUGAUGCAGCCACGUGUUAUCCUGCUGAUGAUUGCUGCCUCCAUUCGUCACUGCGGUGGUAUGACCUUUGCUUACAAUGCCGAUUUGUACUACAACAUCUACUUCCCGGAUGUGGAUCUCGGCUGGUGGCUGUUUGCCGUGACCAUCGGAAUUGGUAGCAUUGGAGUUGUGAUUGGUGGAAUCGUUUCGGACAAAUUUGUCGCAAAGAUGGGAAUCCGUUCUCGAGUGGUAUGCCUCGCCAUUAGUCAGCUAAUUGCUACUCCGUUUGCUUUCGGUUCCGUGUACUACGAACCUCUGUGGGCGAUGAUUACCCUCGGAAUCAGUUACUUCUUCGCUGAAAUGUGGUUCGGAAUCGUGUUCGCCGUUCUGGUGGAAAUCGUGCCACUGCAAGUUCGCUCGACCACCGUUGGUGUGUUCCUGUUUGUGAUGAACAACAUCGGAGGCAAUCUUCCCAUUCUGGUUGACCCGUUGGCCAAGGCUAUCGGCUAUCGAGGCUCGAUUAUGCUCUUCUAUGCCGGUUUUUACGGAAUCAGCAGCCUGUUAUUCCUGCUGACGAUGUUCUUCAUGGAAGGACCAAAGCCAGAACCGGUAACCGAAGAGGUCCGGAGUCAGGUAGAGAUGGGUCACGAGAAUAGCACUUUCCAGUCGGAUGAUUUCAUCAACGGCGUUGGAGGACCACAAUCGAACGGGCGCAGUGUCCUCGGAAUGCGACCUGCCGAGAGCAGUAGACUGUAAACCAGAUGGAACAAAUUAGAUAGGGUUCAAGUAGAAUUAAGUUAGAAUAAUCAAUGAACGAACGACGCACAAUCUCAAUGACAGUUGGUAGCAUACCUGAUAUAGGACUCAGAAGAAGAAAAUGAAUCUAUUGAGCUGGAAUCUUAAUUACUAUUAUCUGUCUGCGGAACAUGAGAGUUUUAUCUCUGUUCGAAAAGAGUCUCGUAUUACACGUUAUACUACGCUUUCGAAUCAGUACCUCUUGUGUUUAUUAUUGUAGGUAACUUGUUGUACAUCAAAGUGCUUGACGUGAUCUAACGUGUAGUUGAUUGUAUUUAUAUGAGCCGUAAGUUUUAAACAUGUUUACUUAAACUGGAAAAUCACAAUUUUUAAUUUAAAUAAAAUGGAAAUUGUUAUAA